UAAAAGCAAGCUGCGUGCCGGCAGGGGCACACUUGCUCCAAAUAACCAAAACAAACAACAUGGUUGCUAAAAUCGCGGUCUUCUUCUGCUUCGUAGCUGCGGCAGCGGCUGUGGCUGUCCCAGCGGUGCCACUAGCCAAACUAGCGUACGCCGAGCCCGAGCACCCUGCUCAGUACGAAUACUCGUACACUGUGGAGGACCAGCACAGCGGCGACAUCAAGCAGCAGAAGGAGAACCGCAACGGAGACGCUGUCCACGGCUACUACUCGCUGAUUCAGCCCGAUGGCACCCAGCGCAUCGUGGAGUACACCGCUGACAAGGAGCACGGCUUCAACGCCGUCGUGCGCUACGAGGGACACCCCACCGCCGCGCCCGCUCAUGUCGCCAAGGUCGCCUACGCUGCUCCCGUAGCUAAGGUGGCUUACGCCGCUCCCGUGUCUAAGGUCGCCUACGCACAGGCCCCGGUCUCCUACGCCGCGCCCGCCCACGUCUCCUACGCCGCCGCGCCCGCCCAAGUCUCUUACGCCGCUCCCGCCCAAGUUUCUUACGCCGCUCCCGCUCAUCAGGUGGCCUACGCCGCUCCCGCUCAUCAAGUCGCCUACGCCGCUCCCGCUCAUCAGGUCGCCUACGCCGCGCCCGCUCAGGUCGCCUACGCUGCGCCCGCCAAAGUAGCCUACGCUGCACCUGUCGGACACGUGAGCUACUCAUCCCCCGCCUACUCUUACCAUCACUAGAUUCUAAGUGCCAUAUCGUUUAUUUAUUUUGUUAAAUACAACCACUUAAUCAA